AUGCUGAGCCGUGAGCCGAUGGAGCACGAGGAAGAGUUGAAGAUGUUAAUUGAUGAGCCUGUGGCUACGCGCUGGAUAGGGCCUCAUCGGCACAUCAUAGCGUACCCAGUGCGCAAUCAUGAACUCUUCAACAUUGUCUUGCUCCAUCCCGACGAGCAUGGUGCGGAAGAGUCGUGGACAACCACCGCGUCUAAAAUGGACAUGUUGAAGCAUUACCACGGCUGGGAUCCCCGAAUGACGAAAUUACUUAACCUGGUGAAGGAUGACGAGGUCUUGGAAUGGAAGCUUUGCAGUUAUCCACCGUUACAGACCUGGAUCGAGGGCUCUGUUGCUAUGACUGGGGAUGCGUGCCAUCCAGUGCUUCCAUAUGUCGCGCAAGGCGCAGCUCAGGCAGUGGAAGAUGCUGCCGCGCUGGGUGUGCUCUUAUCAGUGAUUUCAUCUUUUGACGAGAUCCCUAAGGCUCUACGAGCGUAUAAAGCGUCCCGAAAACUCCGAGCAGAAGCAGUUCAACAGUCAGGGACGGUCAACCGUGCCACCCUUCACCUUCCCGAUGGGCUAGAUCAACAGGCCCGUGAUGAGCAAUUCCGUGCUAGCAUGAAAGGGGGGGGGGCCAAACUCUGA